GGCAGUGGAGCACAGGGAGGUGUGUGCCUGUAUGAGAUCAUGUGUGUGCUGUGUCUAUGAGUUCAGCAGCAGUGCUGAGUGGUAAUUAGUCCCAGCGUAGCUCCCACUGAGAACACUGGGUAAAAAAAGGCAGUGCAGCUUUUAAAAACAGCAUCACAUGCUCCUGAUCUGCUUCACAGGCUGCUGUGUCAGUCUCCCUCUCCCCCCUGUCUCUCAUACUCUCUCCUCCCACCAGUACUGCAAUUUGCAUAUUAAUGAGCCAGAGUACAGCCAGCUGAACAGAAAAGUAUAUCCUUCUUCCUGCUUUUCUCUUGCUUCUUCAUCUCCUUAUUUUGGGUGUUUUCAUGAUUUCUUCCACAGAGGAAGCCUAUGGUAGCAGAGUGAGGAGGAGGUAGAAACAUUCCUUUCUGAGCAGAGCCCAACAUGUGAGAAGAUGUCUGUAGGAGGCUGUGCUUGCCCUGGCUGUUCCUCAAAGUCAUUCAAGCUGUACUCGCCAAAGGAGCCCCCGAACGGCAGCGCCUUCCCACCCUUUCACCCAGGCACAAUGCUGGACCGGGAUGUUGGUCCAACACCGAUGUACCCCCCAACAUAUUUGGAGCCUGGACUUGGGAGGCACACGCCUUAUGGAAACCAGACUGACUACAGGAUAUUUGAGCUUAACAAGCGGCUCCAGAAUUGGACAGAGGACUGUGACAAUUUGUGGUGGGAUGCCUUCACCACAGAGUUCUUUGAGGAUGAUGCAAUGCUGACUAUCACCUUCUGUCUGGAGGAUGGUCCAAAACGAUACACCAUUGGGAGAACGCUCAUUCCACGGUAUUUCCGCAGCAUUUUUGAAGGGGGUGCCAUUGAGCUCUAUUACGUCCUGAAGCACCCCAAAGAGUCUUUUCACAACAACUUUGUGUCCCUGGAUUGUGACCAGUGCACUAUGGUGACUCAGAAUGGCAAGCCCAUGUUCACACAGGUCUGUGUGGAGGGCCGACUGUACCUGGAAUUCAUGUUUGAUGACAUGAUGAGAAUAAAGACUUGGCACUUCAGCAUCCGCCAGCAUCGGGAGGUUCUUCCUCGCAGCAUUUUAGCCAUGCACACGCAGGAGCCUCAGAUGCUUGACCAGCUGUCCAAAAACAUCACAAGAUGUGGUCUCUCCAACUCUACACUGAACUACCUCCGACUGUGUGUCAUUCUGGAGCCCAUGCAAGAACUGAUGUCCAGACACAAGACCUAUAGCCUCAGCCCUCGAGACUGCCUCAAAACAUGCCUCUUCCAGAAGUGGCAGCGUAUGGUGGCACCCCCAGCUGAGCCUGCAAGGCAGGCACCCAGCAAGCGAAGGAAGCGAAAGAUGUCUGGGGGAAGCACCAUGAGCGGGGGAGGAGGCACUAAUAACAGCAGCGGCAAGAAGAAGAGCCCAGCAGGAGGAUUUGGCCUCUCCAGCCAGGUACCUGACGUGAUGGUGGUGGGAGAGCCCACUCUGAUGGGAGGGGAGUUCGGGGACGAGGACGAGAGGCUGAUCACUCGGCUGGAGAACACGCAGUUUGACGCAGCCAACGGCAUCGACGACGAAGACAGUUUCAACAGCUCCCCCGCACUGGGUGCCAACAGCCCCUGGAACAGCAAGCCCCCCUCCAGCCAGGAGAGCAAGAGUGACAACCCCACGUCACAAGCGUCCCAGUAGACUGGAGCGCUGAAGGGGAGGGGGGCAAGAGGGCAGAGUGUAGGGGCAACUUACGAUGUUCAUUAACCUUCAGAAUCGCCCACAAAGUGGUGCUCAACUCGGCCCUGCCUGCAUUUUUUUUUCUUAGCCAUGACGUUAGCAUCUGAAGGGCCUCUCCUCCAUCUGCAACAGAAGUUCAGAACUGAAAGCCUGCUAAGUUAUUAGCUUUCAGCUACCCUGGAAAUAUUGGUCUGGAUUUUUCCACCUCAAGUGGUCUUUAGUUGUUACUUUUGUGUACUUUCCUUCUGGUUGUGCUUGGCAAAUGCUUAUUGUCUGUGGAACCAGGGCUUUUGGACUGAGCUGGGAUCCUUCAAGGUUGAUCUCAGAGUCAUGGCCCAUUAGCACCAGGAAUGGCAGGUGCCUCCGCAGGUUCUUGUUCCAACCCUGAGUGUCUGGUUUCUGUUGCCCCAUAGGGCAAUUUGCCUGUCUCCCUCUUUUCUCUUUGCCUGUGCAUUUUACCUCUGAAUAGAAAGCUUUGUGUGCAACUUCAGGGUACAAUGGACGUUCAGUUUUUAAAAAUUAAAUUAUUUGUUUUGUAGGACCUGGUUGGAACAAAAACCUGUACAGUGCCGGAGCUUGAGGACCGGAGUUGAGAACCACUUCGUUAAAUGUUAGCAAUGCACACGAGCAGUAAAGCUCUGAGGUACUGGGGGUGGGUUGCACACCUUGGUCUCGCCUGCUGGCCUCCACUCCAUUCUGGACUCUUUUCACACAAUGUACUAAAGUGGGUUAAGCUUUUAUGUCUUUUAAUUUCUUAUUUUUAUAACAAUUUUUAAAAGAAAGAAACAAAUGGACAAAAAACACCCCUUAAUAUUCUGUGCACUGUUUUUGCUGUAUUAUCAAUCUAUUUUUCCUAUCAAUUUGUUUUCCUUUCCUUAUAAUCCUCUAUUUCAAAUAUGAAACCGUGGAAGGUUAAACUUGUAACUGGAAAAUAGAACUAUAUAAAUGUAUAACACUUAAUGCAACAAUUUUCUAUCAUGACUAUUAUUAUUAUUGUUAUAAUUAUUACUUCACAGUAACUAAUAGUAAUUGGAAAUGAGAGUUGUCUGUGUUUGAUUUGUAUUGAAAGAAACAGACGGUGAUAUCCUGGAACCUCACUGGAGCUAAGAACCCCAUAAAUCCUGUCCCCUAAAGGUGCACCACGUUGCGGAUUUAUGCGGGGUCAUGAGGUCAACCAGGAGGCAGACCAUGUGUAUGUGUGUGGUCAUAAUAAGCUAUAAAAAGUCUGCAAAGACGACCUCUUCUCAGGACUUGAGUCACGCUGUCAUUAGAGCCUGGCUUUGUGUUUUGGGCUGUGGGUUUGUCCAAGCUGUAACAUACAGACUCCCUUACCCUUUUCCUACAGUAUGUUUAGGACAUUAGCAUCACUUCAAAAGUAGUUUUAGCUGGGCUGCAGCAGCCAAUAAGUACAGGGUUAACACAGCAUAUAGAACAGCUGUCUGUACUGACCAGUUUCCUUUUGUAUUUUUGACAUUUAUUUUAAAAGCUGUUGACCAAGGAGCUUUUUGCUGAAUUCUUUAUACCCUUUCUGCCAAAUAACCCACAUUUUUUUCUGUUCAGUUGUUUGUAUUUGUGCUUAUGUGUUUGAAGUGGUUGCUAUGUCCUCUAAUGCUGUGUUUGAAAGUCAUACUUUCCUCUGUAAACAUGCAGUAGAACCUUUUGUCGUAAGGGUACAACAAAGUUCAUGUUACAUUUUUUCGAGAAUUAUUUUAUUCACUCAUGUCUUCCUAGUCCACAGUUGUUCAAAGUUGUUUUCCUACAUUGUUUCCAGUGUGCUUACUGAAAAAUUUUUGUCUUUGCAAAGCAUCUGAUCGGAAAUGUGGUCCAGAAUAUAUUAUCAUACUUGUCAGCCUUGUACCUUAGGUCCCAUAUAACUGUGCUUUUAUAAUAAUCCUCUUGUAUACCGUAUUUGUUUUUUGUUUUCAGAUAGUUUCAGAUUAUUGUAAACAAGCUCUGUACAUUCUCUCUAACCCAGUAAAUACUGAUGAGCACCAUCAGAGGGCGCUCCUAGUAACAAUGUCAAAUGUUUUGGAACCAUGGAAAUAGGUAAAGCAGUGUAACACUGAAAUGAAAUAUUAAUUUAUCUUUAUUCUGUCACAGCUGUCCAGUUGCCCUCAUCGAAAUGUAGCUUCUGCUGUUCCUGUACUUUAAAUGUUUUAAAUGGAAACUGGGUUGCUGUCCCUGUCUUUUU